AAAAAAUAUAGUAAUUACCAUUGUAAAAAUAAAGUUGAUUUUGCUAUUAGUACACCUGCAGGUAACGCAUGCGUGUUUGAAAAUUUUGAAAUUGUUAUAAAAAAAUUGCCUGUUAAAAAUAAAGAAACGUGUCUUUUUUAGAAAUUCCAUAUCAUCGACCUAUAAUCUUUUAAAAAAAAACCCGGGAAGAAUGAUAUAAGAUACACCCUGUAUAGUGUGUAUAUAAUAAUAUGUAUAUAUUUUAAGGAUUUUUAUGAUGACAGUCUUUACAUUAUAAUACGUCUGUGGAUAUGUGUUGUAAUGUCCUUAUCUAAAUAAACUGUUCUGACAGCUCGGGUGACACAUCGGCCGAUCUGUACGAGUAACAUCAUUCCCACUGCGUAUGGCCAUGGCUGUAGUCAUGCAUAAGUAAUGAGUAAUAUCUAAGCUAUGUAAUGUAUAUCCAAUAUGAUAUUUUGAUAUUUUUAAAUAAUAAAUUAAUUCUUUCAAAUAUUUCUGAUGGAUUAAUUGUGUUCUUAAUUAAUAUUAAAUUAUAAAUAAAUCAAUAUAAAACCUAUUUCUUCUUCCUUUGUUCAUCGAAUAUAUAUGUGACAAGUCUGCAGUUGAAUUAGAUCUCGUUUUCGAUAACUUGGCCGUUCUCGAACAGCGCCCGUUUCAGUAUCCGUCGUCGUCUCGUCCGCAGCGCCGAUGUAUUCGCCUCACAGAAGUAAAGACUCCCAAAGGUCGUCAAAGUUUACCGCGCACGCUGCGGUCCAAUUGCAAAGGCGGCACAAUAACUCGACGUCCAGCCACUAUGACGGGGGUCAGCUACUCGAAAAUCUGGGCCACAAAGACUCCGUACAACUCGAACGUCUCGUCCACGAAACAUUUCCUACGUGCAACGCCGAUCUGAUACAUGUUGUCAAUGACCCGCAGAUGUAUGGUAUGUACUUGCUGCGCAAGGAAGAAAUGCGGUAUGGUGACAAGGAACUUAUUCUCUAUCACGUGACCUCCAUGUCCAGGGCUUUGGAGUCGUUGACAAACGGACUUGACUGGCGGCGCACCAGACGCUCCAAGUUUGGAUGUGGUGUGUUGUUCAGCGACGACGCCGACUAUUCCAAUUAUUAUGCCGACCAUUUCACCAAAGAAGAAAGUUGUGUGAUCAUCGUCUGUGCCGUGCUGGUCAAUAAAACACAGCAGGAGUCGGGCAAUAGGAAUUUGAUCGUACCGACAGGUGGUGCCGACACGACCCUGAGCUCCAACGACCGCGUGUACGUCAAAUACAACGACUACGACUUCUAUCCGUUGUACCUAAUGUACUACCGACGGACACCGGAACACUUGAACAAAAGCAAAUAUUUCCGCAAUAACUCCCACAAUCAAUGGCAGCAAAACAACCGGGUGGUGCAGCAGCAGAAACUGAAGCAGCAGCAAUCGUUGAAUUCGCAGCGCGAGCGAGAUCAGGCAGAGCGUCUGCAGCAAGAGCGUCUGCAGCAAGAGCGAGAGCAGGCACAGCGUCAGCAAGAGCUGCGGGUGGAGCAUCAGCAAGAGCUGCGGGUGGAGCGACAUCAAGCGCAGAAAUCGCUGGUGGCUUGUCGUCGUGCAGCGGUUCAACAGGAACAGCAUAACAACCGGGUGAUGCAUCAGCAGCAGCAGAAGAAGCAGCAGCAAGAGUUGAAAGCGCAGCGCGAGCGAGACCAGACAGAGCGUCUGCAGCAAGAGCAAGAACAGGCACAGCGUCAGCAAGAGCGAGAGCAGGUACAGCGUCAGCAAGAGCGAGAGCAGGCACAGCGUCAGCAAGAGCGAGAGCAGGCACAGCGUCAGCAAGAGCUGCGGGUGGAGCGACAGCAUGCGCAGAAAUCGCUGGUGGCUUGUCGUCGUGCAGCGGUUCAACAGGAACAGCAUAACAACCGGGUUAUGCAUCAGCAGCAGCAGAAAAAGCAGCAGCAAGAGUUGAAAGCGCAGCGCAGGCGAGAUCAGACAGAGCGUCUGCAGCAAGAGCGAGAGCAGGCACAGCGUCAGCAAGAGCGAGGGCAGGAAUGGCGAGAAUCCGUUUGUCAAGGGCAGGAGCCACAUGAGCGUCGUCGACUGGAGCGGGAUCAAGAGCAGUUAUACUCUAGGAAGCUCACCGCAGACGGUUCAAUAUGUUCUGUUCAUCGGCAUAGAUUCUGCAUGACGAAUACGAUGUACCAUAGCUGUAGCAGCAUUAGGAAGUCCUCCGGCGCUUCGGAGUUUACCCGGCACGCUGCGCCCUGUUAUUCGGAACGUAUCUCGCCGUUCAUGCACCACCAUAUAUUUACUGAUCCCGGCCGUCCCCUGCUUAACGAAUUGAACAGCAAUGCUUAUAAUGAUGUUGAACAACUCGUAAAAAGUACAUUUCCCAACUGCAACAUAGAUCAGAUACGCCUGGUUCACGCCCCUCAGAUGAACGGCAUGUAUAUGUUACGCCAUGAAGAAAUGAAAUUGACCCUCGGCCAAAAUGUCCAGGAGAAGUUGUUGUUCCACGUGACCACUAAAUCCAGAGCCAUGGAGUCGUUGAAAAGUGGACUCGAUUGGAGAUGCACCAAGCGAAAAAAGUUUGGUUACGGAGUGUUCUUCAGUGACGACGCCGACUACGCCAACUAUUACGCCGACAAACGCACUACCGAAAAAACACGAGUGAUUAUGAUAUGCAACGUACUGGUUAGUGAAACGUACGUGGUCCCGAAAAAGAGAAAUGUGAACUCCUUCGAUCAAGGGGUCGUACCACCCAGCCGCGUAUACGUCAAGUACAAUGAUAAUGACUUUUAUCCACUGUACUUUGUAUACUACCAGCAGAGACCGGAACACAUGACCAAGAGCAAAUAUUUCCAUGUCAACACACGCCAGGCUAUGGAUCGCCAAGACUACCUAGAUGACAAAGGCUACCACAAAGGACAAAAUAUAUGCUACCACGGCGAAAACGACGACUAUAGCAACAAACUCAAUGGCGUCGAUAUCUAUGAAUAUCUAGAUUCCAAAGGCAUCUACGACUACGACUACGACACACCUGAAGAAAUAUGCUAUGAUGACGAAAACGAUGACUAUAGCAACGAACUCAGAGGCGACGAUCUCCAUGAUUACCUAGAAGCCAAGGGCUACUACGACCGCCACAAAGACGAUACAUUUGAACAAAAUACUUACGACAACGACGAAAACGAUGACAUUAUCAACUAACACAGUGGCAAUGAUCACUAUGAUUACCUAGAAGCCAAGGGCUACUACGACCGCUACGAAGACGAUACAAUUGAACAAAUAUACUACGAAGACGAAAACGAUGAUUAUAGUACCGAAUUUUAUGGUGACGAUAUCUAUGUUGAAUAAUGCAAUUAUUCAACUGUUAAAUAAAAAUACAUCUUUAUUAAU